AUGGCGCCUCUGCCUCUCCCACUCCCCCUUCCCGCCUCCAUGAUCAGUCCCCACCCUUACAAACUGCACGACGCGCCAAGGCCCGACGCCUCUUUGCACGCCGCGCUCGCCUCCUUCUCGCAGCAAGCCCACGAGGGCGGCCUCCGCGACGCGUUCGCACUGGUCGCCCGCGCCGAGCGCCAGUCCUCCCCCGCCGCGGCCGUUGCGGUGGGUCCGGAGGUGUACACGUCGCUCCUCCAGUGCUGCGUCACGGCCGGGUCCCUCCGCGCGGGCCGCCAGGUGCACGCGGCGCUCGUCAAGCGCGGACCCUACUACUGCCGGAACGCGUACGUCGGCACCAAGCUCGCCGUCUUCUACGCGCGCUGCGGCGCCCUCGACGACGCCGAACGCGCGUUCGGCGCACUCCCGGAGAGGGACAGGAACGCCUUCGCGUGGGCCGCCGUCAUCGGGCUCUGGAGCCGCGCGGGGCUGCAUACCAGGGCGCUCGCGGGGUUCGUCGGCAUGCUCGAGGCCGGCGUCCCCGCGGACAACUUCGUCGUUCCCACCGUGCUCAAGGCGUGCGCGGGGCUCGGCCUGGCCGGCGCCGGAAGGGCGGUGCACGGGUACGCGUGGAAAGCGGGCGUGGCUGAAUGCGUCUACGUCAUGAGCAGCCUCGUGGACUUCUACGGGAAAUGCGGGGAGGUGGAAGACGCGAGGGCGGUCUUCGACGCAAUGGCUGAGCGGACCGUGGUCACCUGGAACACGAUGCUUAUGGCGUACAUAAACAAUGGAAGGAUCGACGAAGCCGUGGAGCUGUUUUACGAGAUGAGGGUCGAGGGCGUGCUGCCGACGAGGGUGAGCAUCGUGAGCUUUCUUUCCGCAUCAGCCGAUCUUGAGGCUAUUGAUGGGGGAAGGCAGGGCCAUGCAAUGGCAGUUUCAAGCGGGCUGGAGAUGGACGUGAUUUUGGGGAGCUCCAUGAUCAACUUCUACUGUAAGGUUGGCUUGGUGGAGGCUGCCGAGGCAGUGUUUGAGCAGAUGAAAGAGAGAGAUGCUGUGACUUGGAACUUGAUGAUUGCUGGGUAUUUUCAGGACGGGCAGAUUGACAAGGCUUUUGACACUUGUCGAAGAAUGCUGGAGGCUAACCUUAAGUUUGAUUGCGUGACAUUGGCGUCCAUUAUUAUGGCUUGUGUAAAGUCUUGCAUUAUGUUGGUGGGUAUAGCUGCUCAUGGUUAUGCAGUCAGAAAUGGUCUUGAUUCAGAUAAGACGGUUGCCAGUGGCCUGAUAGACUUGUACGCGAGUACUGGGAGGAUUGAACACGCACAUCGAGUGUUCAAUGCCACGAAUCCGAGAAAUUUGGUCAUCUGGAAAGCAGUGAUUUCUGCUUAUGUCGAUUGUGGCAUGAAUUCUGAGGCUCGGAAUCUUUUGAAUCAGAUGCAGCUCGAAGGCAUAUCCCCAAGUGCAGCAUGUUGGGAUUCAGUAAUCUCUGCUUUCAUACGGAAUGGCCAAUUUGAAGAUGCUCUAGAUAUAUUCAGUGAGAUGCUUCUGACGAAAACGCGGCCCAAUCUGCGCACCUGGAGCUUGUUAAUAAGUGCCUUAUCCCAAAAUGGCAUGCAUCAGGAGGUAACAGAUAUAUGCUGCAAGAUGCAGGAAGUAGAGUCAGCACCCAGUCCAACAAUCUAUUCAUCUUUGAUCCUUGCUGUUAAAACAGCAGCGUCUGAAGAUUACGGGAAGGCAAUUCAUGCUUGUGUUGUUAAAAAGGGUCUGCUGCUGUCCAAAUCCGUGAUACAGUCACUUCUGAACAUGUAUAGUAGAUUUGACGACAGAGGCACAAUGGAUGGUUUACUAAGACUGCUUCCUGAAUCCUGA